AUGUCACAAUACUCCGAUGAAGUGUCCAAGCUCCUAGAAUCAGGUGCCAAAUCUUAUGCAUCCAAAGAAUUUGAAGAUGCAGUAUCUAAUUAUGGUGAAGCAUGUCAAAUUUAUUCAAAUGAUAAUGAAGGUAAAGAAUCUCCAGAUUUAUUAUUUUUAUAUGGUAAGGCUCUUUUCCAAGUUGCUGUAUCCAAGAAUGGGAUCUUUGGUGGUAAUCCAGAUGAAGCUGCUGCUUUGACCUCGAAAGAUGAUGUUAAAGAAGAUACUCCAAAAGGUUUAUUUCAAUUUAGUGAAGAUGUACCAUUAGCUGAAGAAGAAGAUGAAGAAGAUGAAGAGGAAGAUAAAGAGCAAAACAAUGAAGAAGAAGAAGAAGAAAAUAAUGACGAUCAAGAUCAAGAACAAGAACAAGAACCACAAGAAGAACAAUCAGAUUUUGAAAUUGCAUGGGAAAUUUUAGAUCUUUCACGUUCAUUAUAUGAACAAUCAUUACCAGAAAAUCAUAAAUUACAAAGUAUACCUGAGGAUGCAGAAGCUUCCAAAGAUCCAAUAAUCAUCACAAAGAUUAAAUUAUCAGAUAUUCAUGACUUAUUAGGUGAAAUUUCAUUAGAAACUGAAAAUUUUAAACAAGCAUCUGAAGAUUUUGAAUCAUUAUUAACCAUUAGAGAAGAAUUAUUCCCAUUUGAAUCUGAAUUAAUAAGUGAAGCUCAUUAUAAAUUAUCAUUAGCUUUAGAAUUUAAUUUUAAUGAUUCUGAAUCUAAAAUCAAGGCUAUAAAUCAUUUAACUAAAGCUAUUGAAAGUAUUAAAUUAAAACAAUCAAAUCAAAAAAAUGAAGAUAAAGAUUUAGAUUUAAUUAAAGAAUUAGAAUCAAGAUUAGAUGAUUUACAAAAAGAUCCAAAUGAAGCUUUUGAUCAACAAAAAAAUGAUAUUAUUAAAGGUAUCCUGGGGGAAGUUACUUCAACUGAUUCUAAACAAAAUUCAUCAUCUACAUCAAGUACGAAUAAUCAACCUAUUAAUGAUUUAACUUCUAUUGUUAAGAAAAGAAAAUCUAAACCUGGUCAAAUAGCUAAUGAUAAAAAUAAAAAAUCAAAGAAAUAA